AUGGGCGGUUUAGCACCUGGGUCCAUCGAUGAUGUCACGGAUGGUGAUUUCCCUUUGGGACGCCUUCACAUCGAUGGUGGAGGUACGACAGGUUCUUCUUGCUAUUCUACUGCUUUUGGGGAAGAGACUGCGAGUAUUUAUGUUGAUGAGGAACCCCCCUUUCCUUUACGCUCGUACAGUUGUGAUGGGGGUGAAUUUCUUCACAUAUUCCGGCCACCCAAUCAGCCAGAAACGGGGUCGAUUCACUGCUACUCCCCUUGGACUGUUCGCGGAGAUGACGAGUUUUCUCUUGUGGCUCAUGUUGAGGUUGAGGAUGAGGAAAAGGGAUUUACGUUGGGGAUCUGUGGCGCUACAGAAAGCGUUGUAGGCACAUUUCUACAGUAUUUUUCGGCCGGACAAACGAUGCAUCCAAUGGGAACACAGGAAGUGCGGAGAUUCUGCAUAUGUCCGUGGCAUCGACGGGCAGUUCUUUUGGCUUUGUUGGACGAUCGAAUUAUCUCUUGUGUUUAUCUCCCAUCUGCCGAGUUUUGUCUUUCUAGAAGUGGGAGAGGAAGAGAAGAGGCAGGAUUAACGCAAGAAUCACCGACUGCGUUGUUUGAGCCAACACCCAUCGAUGUGGACGCGUGGCGUGUUGUAGUGGAACACAAGGGUCGGGGAUUCGUGCGCUUCUAUGCUGUUGAGCGACGGAAAGGCUCAUGCUACUGUGAUGCCCCCUUAUCUCAACUAAGUUGA